UCUCUCUGGCUUCCAAAAUCUUUGACUUCUACAACAACUCCACCUCUUCCUCUGGAUCUCUGGCUGGUUCCAGCAGCUUUCUUAAAAGCUCACUUCACCGCACACUCGUCCCAGCAUGCAGCUCCUGGUGGUGUUUGCAGCUUUCAUGGGGGUUCUGAUCAGUGUCAGAGCGGCCGCCGUGCUUCCAGUGGAGGACAGGAGCCCCGUCCAGGGGUUGACCAGGGACUUGAGCAGACAGCGUAAAGAGCUGAUCUUGAAGCUGGUGUCCAGCUUGUUGGAGGGAACUUUAGACACCAACAUGCUCCCCGAGGAAACACCCGAAGAGCUGGAGGAGCCUCUGCGGUCACGUUUGGAGGAACGUGGCGUCUACAACAGGCUAUCGCUGCCUCAGCGCGAUCGCAAGGCGCCUUGUAAAAACUUCUUCUGGAAAACCUUCACCUCUUGCUAGCAUUUUGAAAAAAAAAAAAGUGCCCACUUCAGAUCCUUUCUCUUCUUCUGCCGGCUCCUCAUGAACUGUAGUGGACCUCAGCUGUGCACAUCGCCAUCCGCCUGCCCGAUUUGCAGCAUCAAUGAACUUCACAGGACACACUGUUUAUUUAUGAUGUAUUUAUUCAUGUAGACCAUGUAUGUAUUUAUGGAUGUAACAUUUUUUUUUCAGGGUCAAGGAAUAAAUCAUAAUAUUUGGACAUAGUAA